AUUAUAAUUUGUUUGCCGUCAAAUAUCAAAAAUUUGAAAACGCGUAAAGAGAUGGAAGUUAUUUAAGACAUUUUGAACAACAAAAUUGUAGUACUAUGAAGCGACUUGUGGAUAUAUUUUGGAGGAUCCUGCGUCCAAUAACGUCCAGUAUACGAUCGAACCCGUUCUACAUCGAAAGUUUCAUUGCUUUUAUGUCAUGUGCUCUAAAUCUUUUGUUGUAUGCGGAAAUUCGACAACAAAGGGCUCACAUAGGAGAAAAUAUCCAUAUGUCAACAAACCGACUCCUGUCAGAAAGACAGAACAUUGAGCAGUCAGUCGUCGAGGGUAAUUCGCAGGAAGUGGACGAAGCCGUGCCGGUCGUGCAGGAGCACGUGCUGCCGAUUGAGCAGGAGCACGUGCACUUGGUGCCUCAAGAACAUAUACCGUCGACACAAGGCGAUUACGUAACCGUGCCACAGGCCACCUACACCCAGGUAGUGGUGCAGGAGGAGGUGCAGACACUGCGGCAGGAUAGCGGCCAGCCUCGACGUCAGAUGCAGACACUGCGACGUGACCAAAUCAGGACGAUACGGAACGACUUCGUCAAAAAUCUGAGACAGGACUACGAUAGGCGCUUGGUAAUGAUGCAUCAAACAUCGAGAUGCCCCUCAAAUUCUUCUUCUGGACAAUCAUUUUUGCAUGCUGCGGAGAUAACUGUAUUAGACACAACGGUAGAGUCCAACCUAGUGCUGCCUCCUAGAAAACAACAGAUGCAGCAACUGCUCAACAUGUCCGUGAACAAAUACUUGAGUUCAGAAUUGGCAAAAAGGAAGAGAGAAAGAGAAAUGGCGCCUACGGAUGAGGAUUAUUGGAAUGAACUGAAGGAGUACGUCAAGCAGGAUUUGAAGAAGCGGGAUAUUGAUAGAGCCAAAGAGCCUAAUAAUGAAACUGAUACUGUUAAAAUAAACAAACCUGUCAAACCCAUUGUAACUGAACAGGAAGCCCCCAAAGUAAGUUCGUCAGAGGACAAAGAAGAGGAACUCGUUAGUAUUCAGCAAAUAGAUCCUGCGGUAGACGAGUACAAGAGAUUGACCAAUAUUACUCUGAACGAGUCACGUAACUCAUUGUACUCGUUGUAGUUCUUUCCAAACGUUCAAAAUUGUUAAAAUAAUAUAUAUACUAAAUUCCAAAAAAUUGAUGCCGAACAAGAGAUUAUUAAUUUUAUAAAAAGGUGUAUCCACGUGUAUACAAAGUCGCUGUUUCAUAGUACUAAUAAAAUAAUAUAAAAUGCA